AAAAAAAAGACUUGCUAGAAAAGGCUCUGAUCAAACUGCAGCUAUUUUAUAUCCAGAAGUAGUAGCUGGGCAUCUUGAGAAAAUGAAAUAAUUGAUAUUUUAAGGACUAUCUCGACAAACAUGAGGAUUUCAGAAGGACAGCCCACACCCUAAACACCAUGCAACGUCUCAAAAGGAUCAAUCAGAUGACGUUUCAGUGAAGAUGAAGGUUCUCACGUUCUGCCACAGCUCCGGAUUCAGCUCCUCUCUGCCUGGUCUUGUUGUUUAUUUUAUAACUGUUUAUGUUCACAAGUUGGAACCAGCACAGUUUCAAGUGGUUGGACCUGACCACCCUGUCACUGCCAUUGUGGGUGAAGAGAUUGUGUUACCCUGUCACCUGUCCCCUAGGAUGAGUGCUGAGAAGAUGGAGGUGACGUGGUUCCGGUCCCAGAUCUCCCCAUUUGUUCAUCGCUAUGGUGAUGGAAAGGACCAGUACGAGCUGCAGAUGCCAGAAUAUCAGAGGAGGACAGAGCUUUUGAAAGAUGGUCUGAUCAAUGGGAGUGUUGCCUUGAGAAUUUUCAGUAUCAGACCCUCUGAUGAAGGACAGUACCACUGUUUAGUUCUAGAUGGUAUCUUUUAUGAAGAAGCACUACUGGAUCUAAAGGUGGCAGCUUCAGGUUCUGCUCCUCGUAUCUUUGUUGAGGAUUACCAGGAUGGAGGGAUCCGAGUGGUAUGCCGAUCAGCUGGAUGGUACCCAGAGCCCGAAGUGCUGUGGAGAGAUCACAAGGGACAGCCCUUACCUUCAUCCUCUCUGACAAAUUCCCAAGAAGCCAGCAGACUAUAUAAAACAGAAACUUCUAUCAUUCUAACAGAAAAUGCAAAUCAGAACUUAUCCUGUUUGGUCAGGAACACCCGCCUCAGCCUAGAAAAGGAAUCAUUAUUUUAUAUAUCAGAUCCCUUUUUCCCAAGGGUGAAUCCCUGGAUGGUGGCUCUGAGUGUGAUCCUGGUGGUUUUGCUUGGUUCCUUUGCCCUUAGUGCUUAUCUCUUCAAGAUCAAAGAGAAACAUGCAGCAGAACUUAGGUGGAGAAGAUUUGUGGCACCUAUAGAAGAAGGUAAAGUUAAUAUUUUGUCAAUGUUCAGCUCUCACCUCAUGUGAAAAUGUGUCACCUUUUCCCUCACUGUAGGAGUGUGUUUGGACCUGAUAGUUCAGGGGAGUCCUCACCAGCAUUCUACAUUUUAAAGGACGUCAUAAGGUUGUAACUCUUUUGCCAGGUGGUGUUGGCAGCAAUAAGCAUCAGGUUCAAUAUCUAGGGG